AGGCUGCAGCGAUGGCCGACGCUUGUAAGUACGCUGUGCUCGUCGAGCUGGAAGAAAGCAAUGUACCACGAUUAAAAAACAAAUUGUGGAAAUACUUUCAAAGCAAGAAAUCUAACGGUGGCGACUGUGAAGUUGAUUAUGAAAAUGGCAGCAGUACAGCGGUGGUUCGCUUCAGAAGAGAGGAGGACCAGCAGCGUGUUUUGGGGAAAGAGAGGCAUGAGAUCAGUGUGGAUAAAGGUGUGCUUAAGAUGACCGUUCGCUUACACACAGAUGGGGCGACAGCACAGGAAGCUCCAGCUGAUGAACUCAACAAGAAAUCAGCAGUUGUUGCUGUGAGCAACAAACAAUCAAGCACGGAUGGGCACACACCUGCAGCUGAAGUUCAGACAGGAGUGAAAGGCAGAGAUGUUGAGACAGCAGAUGAAGAGCUCUGCUGCACCUCGGCUGUUUUAGAAAAUAUUCCAGAGACGUUAAACCAGGAGUUUUUGGAGAUGAUGGUGGAGAAUAUUUUAAGGGAUCCUGACUCUCCCUCUGCCUCCCAAAGCUUCAAUUUGGAAGUCAUUCUUGGCAGUUCCUCUGCUGUGGUGACUUUCCAGAGUGGAAAAGAAAACACAGAUUUCAUUACAAGAUGCCCCCAAAACAGGACAUUCACGAGGAAGGGACUAUCAGUCCAGCCUCUUGAAUUCACCGAGCAGGUUUUAGUUGAAGACCUCCGAAAUGUUAGUGAAGAUCUCCUCCGCCUUUAUUUUGAGAAUGCAGGUGGGGAUGUGGAAAAUGUUGUGCUUGAUGAAGUGGAACAGUCUGCCAUCAUCACCUUUAACGACCAUAAAGCUGUUCAGAAAAUCAUGAAGAAGAAGCAUCACAUCAGACACGAAGAGAUCAGAGUUUAUCCUUUUUACAAAUCUUUGGGAACAGCCCUCUAUGGCAAAGACAGGCCUUCACUAAAACUCCCUGCUGCCAUCUCUGAACCCAUUGACAGUGCUGUCUGGAGAUACCUAAAUGGCAAUCAAUCAGCAGCAGAGACCAUUCAAAGUCAUUUGGCCAAACACUUCUGCACUGUCAACCUCAACCAAUCUACUGUGUGUUUGAGCCCCGUAUCUUCACUGCUACAGCAAAAGGAUGCUAAAGCCAUCAUCAAAGAGUGGACGGAUACUGUGAAGUCAUCCUUUGCACACGCUCUGUCAAAAUUCAAAUCCCUGAAGCUUCAGCCAGAAUCAGAGGUAUGGGAAGAGUCUGAGGAAAAGAUCAGACAGACCCUUUUGAAUGAAGAUGUGGUUGUAGUGCCUGAUAAGUUCAAUGGUGUCUUAUCAGUGGCUGGCCUUGUGGCUGAUGUCAACAGACUAGAGCAAACUCUUCGUGAAGUCGUAAAUAAGAUUGCUAGAAGGGUGCAGAGGGAGAAAUCCAGUGUAACCCAAGAGAUCAAAGUGUCAAAGUCAAUUUUCCACAUCCUAUGUCACGAUGGCCUUCAGGAGAAGCUGCUACGUGUGUACCCGGAACUUGAAAUGUCAUUUAGGAAAGAUAGUCCGGAUUUGAGAGUAACUGGCUUAAGUAAUGAGGUUAUUGCAGCAAGCAAAGUUAUAUAUGACGCAUUGUUUGCAUUAAAACAUCAGAAUUUAGAAAUGGAUAACUUUGUGCUUGACUUGAUGAGAGAUGAACAACAGGAGGAGCUUACAAAAACUCUCCUCACAUCUAAUGGAAUCAAUGCAGUGUUUGAGAUCAAUGCACACACUGUGCAGCUCCUUGCUGUUUCUGACAGAGAUCUAAAUGAGGCUGAAGACUAUUUGGGAAGGCUGCUAAUAUCUCAAUACGUUGAUGUUGAAGACGCUAAUGUCCUGGAGAAGCCAGAGUGGGAGCACCUGGUCAGUCAAUUGGAAAAUGCCAACAAUAAGUCAUACAGGAGGAUUCGAAUCCAUACCACUGGUCAGCAAGUUGUGGUCUCUGGCCACAAGGAUAACGUCAAUAGAGUUGCCAGUGAACUUGAUGACUUUUUGAUGCAGAAUGCUCAAGUAGAAGAAACUGUUGUAGUCAAGCCCAACACAAUAGUUGAAUACAUUAAAAAACUUGACACAUCUUGGUUGGAGCAAGUGAAUGACAAAGUGGUGGUGUCUUACAGAAAGGAGGCCAUCUGUCUAAGUGGUGCUAGAGUUGAUGUCACAGAGUGCAAGACCCUGGUUCAAAACAUGGUGUCUUCUGUGGUCUUUGAAAGUUUAAAUGUCUCCAUGCCUGGAGCGAACAAGUUUUUCCAGGAUAAAAAAUCUUUGUAUGUCAACUCAAUCUGGAAUGAAACUGAUUGCCUGGUCCAGCUCGUUGAUGAGGCUAGUGAUGGACAGGACAAUUUGGCCCACAGUCAAGUACCAAAAUCUGUGUACCAGCUUCAGACAUCUGAUGGAGUUGAAAUAGCCGUUUGCAAGGCAGAUUUGUGCAGCUACCCAGUGCAUGCAGUUGUCAAUGUCUCUAAUCAGGACUUGAAACACAAUGGAGGUCUUGCUGCAGCUCUUCUUAAUGCUGCUGGCCCUCAGUUGCAGAAUGAAUGUGACAAACUGAUUAACUUGCAUGGACAGCUCAAGCCUGGAGACUGUGUCAUAACUGGUGCGGGGGGACAGCUGUUCUGCAGAAAAGUCAUCCAUGCAGUGGGACCAAAGUUUGAUCUAGCUAAUUCCCGGAAGGCUCUGGAGCAGUUGAAAAGGACUGUUAAAGGAAGCUUAGAACUGGCUGAAAAGCAUGGCUGCACCUCUGUGGCCCUGCCUGCCAUCAGCAGAAACCUAGGCUUCCCUCUCAGUUUGUGUGCAGUCACCAUCAUCGAAGCAGUCAAGGAACACUGUGAUGAGAAGUACGAUAACAACACCUUGAAGAAGAUUCAUUUUGUGGACAACGAUGAUGUUACUGUUAAAGCUAUGGAGGCAGCUGUCAAACAAAAGUAUGGAAAUCAUGGUGUCAGCCAUUCUAAACAAACUCUUCCUACAAAAGCCAUCAACGUUUCACUUGUGAAACAUGCUGGAUCUGAUCCAAACUGCUUGGGUCAAGUACAAACCAAAGAGGGCCUGGGCAUCACUCUCAGGACAGGAAAUAUCGAGUAUGCCACGACUAUGGUGACCGUGAAUACUGUGUUUGAAGAUCUUGCACUGAACAAAGGGGCAGUUUCAAAUGCCAUCUUGGGUGUGGCUGGACCCAAACUUCAGGAGGUGGUAAAUGCCAAAAAUGCAAGUGGAAACAUUGGUGAGGUCAUUGUCACUGAUGGCUGCGAGCUAAAGAGCAAACUAGUCUUUCAUGCAGUCACACCUCACUGGGACAAAGGACAAGGCAACGCUGAUAAGAUCUUGAGUGGCAUUUUCAAGGAUUGCUUGGACAAGGCAGAGGACAGUGGUCUAACCUCCAUAUCCUUCCCUGCCAUCGGCACUGGAAACCUGGGUUUCCCAAAAGUCCUUGUAGCCUCAUUGAUGUUGGAUGAAAUUUUGGCAUUUAGCAGUAAGCAACAACCAAAGCAUCUGAAGAAGGUUGUGAUCAUACUUUACCCAAAAGACACACAGACCAUCCAGGUUUUUAGUGAUGAAUUUAAGAAGAAGUUCCCCAGUGCCUCUGGUGUUUCUGUGCCCACAAGUUCUCUACAAAGUCCAGGUCCCUUCUCGAAAGUUGUCUCGAGCUCAGGAAUGCAUGAGACCAAAAUGGGAAGUGUGGCUUUACAAGUGGUCACAGGAGACAUAACCAAGGAGGCGACUGAUGUCAUUGUCAACUCUUCCAAUGAAGCUUUCACUCUUAAGUCUGGAGUAUCGAAGGCUAUUCUGGAUGCAGCUGGACAGGCUGUUGAGGCAGAAUGCCAGAACCUUGGUGCCCAGCCCAACCCAGGCAUGAUAAUGACCCAACCAGGCAACCUCAAGUGUAAGAAGAUCCUCCACCUAGUUGGACAGGCGGACCAACCAAAAAUCCACAAAGUUGUGAAAGAUGCACUCCAGAUGUGUGUGAAAAACUCGUACACGUCUGUCUCAUUUCCUGCCAUUGGCACAGGUCAGGGCAAUGUACAAGCAGGGCAGGUGGCAGAUGCCAUGUUGGAUGCAGUGAUCGAUGUGUUGAGCCAAAACACGUCUAGUAGCCUGAAGACAAUCCGGAUAGUUAUUUUCCAGCCACCCAUGCUAAAUGACUUCUACAACAGUAUGCACCAAAGAGAAGCUACUGAACCUAAAGAUAAAACAGGGCUCUGGGAAUGCUUCAAAUCAUUUUUUAGUGGAAUUGCUCACAAGCGACAGGAAGAAGAGGAUUUUGUCAUUGAGGCUGUGAAAGUGGACCCUUCUUACUUCCACAUCUGUGGUAGCUCACAGGCUAAAGUAGACUCAGCCAAGCAGUGGAUCAAAGACCUCAUUUCCAAAGAGCACAACAGCAUCUGCAUUUCAGACAACGCCAUCCUCAGCUUCUCUGAUGCUGACCACCAGCACAUUGUUGACAUCCAAAAGACCAUGAGCGUGUGCAUAAGGAUUGAGAGCAAGAAGGCCCAAGCCUCACUUACCAUCGAGGGGCUCAGCAAGGACGUGCUCAAAGCCAGCAAUGAGAUCCAUGAGAUGCUGAGGAAGGCAAGAGAUAAGGAGGAGCUGAAGAAGAAGAUGGAGCUGGCGGGCACAGUGGUGGACUGGCAGUACCAGCAGCAGGGGCUUCCAUUUCGGAGUUUUAGUCCAAUGACCAACUAUGAGCUUGAGCAAGCGUUGGAAAAGAAGCUACCAAAUGUAAAAGUUAUCGUCCAGGGUCAAACCUACAUAGUCACCAUGCCAAAUGGACCUGCCACUGAUAACCGGGGACGUACCCUACAGAUCAAACGCAUUGACAAACUAAAAGAUGAAGACAUGCCAGAGUUCUGGGAUACCAUGCCGGCCAAUACCUCGAGUCAGGGCGUCACCAUCAAGGCUGGGACAGCAGAGCACACUGAAGUCCAGAAUCUGUUCAGGGCUACAUGCACACAAACCAUCAUUAAGAUCGAGAGGAUCCAGAACCCUGUAUUGUGGAAAAGCCUGCAGAUCAAGAAGCGUGACAUGGAGCAGAGAAACGGCCAUCAGAACAACGAGAAACGUCUCUUCCAUGGCACCAGCCAUGACACUGUGGCCUACAUCAACGAACAUGGCUUCAACAGGAGUUACGCAGGGAAGAAUGCUACUUGUUACGGCAAAGGCACAUACUUUGCUGUCAGUGCUAGUUACUCUGCCAGUAACACCUACUCCCAGCCCAAUCAGAAUGGGGAGAAGUGCAUGUACCUGUGCCGAGUGCUGACGGGGGAUUACACCGCUGGACACCAAAAUAUGAUCGUGCCACCAGCCAAGGGUGCCACCUCCAUUCAGAAGUACGACAGUGUCGUGGACAACGUGGCCAAACCCACCAUGUUCAUUAUCUUCCAUGACAGCCAGGCUUAUCCCGAAUAUUUGAUUACAUUCAAGUGACACAGCCAUGCACUGAACUAACAAAAACAAAUGCCUUAUAACAAACAACUCUUCACCAGUUAUUAGCUAGUUAACAUGUUUGUUUUCUCAUCCACUUAAGGUACUUGGUUUAAAUUUACUAUGAGCAUGAUACAAGCAAUCAGCAAUGAUCACAGUGGUCAGUCAUGGAAGUAUUGAUGGACCUGUAUAGUGCCUUGAAAACAUCUCUGUAAACAAUAAUCUUUCAAGAGGAACGUGAAGAAUGGGGGGAAAAUGAGAGGAUUGCCGAAAUAGUUUUGACUACUGCUACUAUGUAAUGCACUUUGUUAUUGCACUUAGAGCUGGGAUGCGGAUGGAAAGUACCUGCUCCAUUCCAGGAAAUCGUGAUAAUAAAAGUUCUCAGUGUGCGCAUGUCUAAAUCAGGUUAACAAUCAGUUUUGGUUUUGAAAGUAAAAUUGACACUGAACUGCUGUUCCAAUAAUCAAGCCUGUACAAAUAAAAGUUCAUACAAGGACA